CUACUACAAGAAAUACAAGCUGCAACCAGAUCGUAAACGUAAACAUUGGAUUGGAAAUCUGAACUUCGCCCGUCAAGCAGUCCAGAAAUCUUUAGUGUUGGCAGUUUUGACGUUAAUCGAAUGCUUUAAAAGAACUAAAAUGCCGGUUAGGCGGAUCAAAUGCCAUUAUUUCAGGUGCAAGACAAAUCAGAAUAGUGAUGAUUUUCAAGAUGUGGGCAUUACAGUGCAUUCAAUUCCAGUCCACAGCAAAAGAGAAGUGCUUGACUGUAUGAACAUCGCGUAUUAUGGUGGAAAGAUACCAGAGCUCCCAUCAAUUCGUAUUUGCUCCUUGCAUUUCCCCGCAUCGGCUUUUGAUGGGGAGUUUGAGCACAAAGGUGUCCUUCGUCGGAAGCUGAGCAGAAGAGCUGUGCCUUACGAUUGGAGGACCUUGUGCUCAAAGGAAGAAGUUGAGCGGAUUGAAGCCAGAACAUCAUUUAGAAAAGGAGAUGACAUCCUCCAAUACAUGGAUGAACGGAGACGUGGUUACAUCGAAGGUCAAAGUGCUCCAAGAAUUGAACAUAACUAUUCCAAGAUUGCUGAAGAGGACAGUGCCCCAACAUACAUUUCAAGAACUGAGGUGGAGCUUGUACAUAAUAUGCCAGUCUUUCGGAUUGCACCUGGCGUGAACGUCGAAGAAACGAUUGAGUACACUAGGAAAAUUUACCACCAGAACGUCUCUUUACAAGCAGCUCAACAGUCUGAACAGCGAAAUCAGAAAUCAGUUGGAAAUGAUGACUGUGAAGUUGUUCAAGAGCACAUAUACACUAACAACAAUCUGGACGAAUCAUCUGAAGUGUUUAAUGAAGAAGACAUCACCACCUGUUCAAAUGAAACAUUUCCAGAAGUGAGGAAUGAGUGCGUCACUCCAAAGGAAAAGAUCUGCAGACUCUGUGGCGUGGAGAAUGUGACCAUGAUUGCUAUUUACGAUGUCCUGGGCAGACGUUUGAGUCUCGCUGAGAAGAUCAAUGCUGCUUUACCUAUCCACGUUUCAGAGUUUGACGACAUGCCAUCUCAAAUUUGUCUUCAGUGCGUGGAGAAUGUGGACAAAAUGUUCUUUUUCCACAAAAAAAUCACUGUGACUGAUGAAAAGCUACGAGUUAUGUUCAAUAUUCCAGACCCAAAUGCAGAUAGUGCGAAGAAGGAUAUUCUGCGCGCCGUGAUGGACGACGUUGGAAUUAUUUUUAGAGGGGACGACAUGAACGACUUUGACGACAAAGACGUUGAGGUCAAGAAAGAAGAAAAUUACAGUGAUGAAGAGCAAGAGGAAGAGAUCGAUGAUUGUGACGUGUUGCUGGAAGUGGAUGACACAAACGAUGAAGAAAUACACCUGUCAGCUGUGGAACAAAACAAAGAUCCAGCUCAUGAGGCAGAGUAUGCGCCUUUGGUUUGCUCGACGUGCAAUCACACCUUGAAAAGCGCCGAGGACUAUGUUGUGCACCAGAAACAGCACGGAAUAAGGCUGUGGCACUGUCCGCUCUGCAUGGUCUUCUACAGCAGCAAUAUCAUGCUGAAGCACCACUGGUUCCAAAUCCACAACAGAAGCAUCAGGAAUACCACGCCUCACAGCACUGAAGUCCGCAACAUUAUGAAAAAGUUCAGCUCGAACCCAACCAAACUCAUUUGUAAACACUGCAAAGCUUCCUUUGAAUUCGUCGAUGAGUACAGGUCGCACAUCAUGCAGGAGUUGCGAAUUCGCCGGCAAACUCUAAAGAUCAAGACUCCAGCCACCAUCAAAUGUGAUUACUGUGACGAGAUGCACACCACAGUCGCGAAGAAGCAAGCUCACAUGCAAAAAUUGCACACUGAGUACAAACCGCAUCAGUGCAGCUUCUGCCUGAGAAAGUUCCGCGUCAAGUCUAGCAUGAAGGCGCACGAAGACUCUCACAGGGAGGAAAACACGUCACUGUGCACCGUCUGUGGCUACCUUUGCAGCUCAAGAGUAAUUCUCAGGGCACACAUGAGGAAGCACAUGGACCCUAUACCAUGCGAAAUCUGCGACAAAGUGAUGAUUCCCGAUCGGCUGAGGGCUCACAUGAAAAGCCACAAGUUGGGUCGGCCCCUGAAGUGCCCGCACUGCCCAUCCAUGUUCCGGAUGAUGCGGCACCUGAAGCAGCACCUGCAGGCGCACACAGAUUGCCGCUUCACCUGCAACCUUUGCACGUACUCGACUAAGCGCAAACUGAUCAUGCACUCGCACAUGCGGAGGACGCACGCCAUUGAUAUGGGAGACACGCUCAUGUGCGGCUUGCAGGACUGCGGCCAGGUUGUUUCUAGUGCUGCCCAACUGUAUGAGCACAUCAGCGAGGAGCACCAGGUUACUGAAAAACUGACAAAUCCAAUUGGAAAUGGAGUGGACAGCUUCUACUGCAGGUACUGCCAAGGAACAUCCAGCACACCUGCCACCUACGCUUCUCACUUGCGCCAGGAGCAUGCUGAGGUCGAGAGCUUCACAUACACCUGCACAGUUUGCAUGCAUGACUACAAGUCGCUGAGCGAGCUGAUCGAGCACCUCGAGUCGCACCCUGAAAGUCUGCGUUACCAGUGCAGGCAGUGUACGAGAAAAUUCGUGUCGUCGCUGAAGCGGUUGGCGCACGAGAGCAUGGAGCACAGCAGGGAAUGGCUGAGGUGCGUCCUCUGCUUUGAGAAAGUGUCGUUAGAGCUGUUUCAUGAUCAUCUCGAAACGCACAAAAGAGACGAUUCCUAUUCAACUACUUUCACAGACUAUGAUAGCUAUGCUGACCCCGUGAAAACACACGAAAGCAAAACAGGAAGCUCGAACAAUUGGGUGAUUUGCCAACACUGCGCCAAACCAUUCCCAAACAAACAGCAAUUGGGCUGGCAUGAAAACUUACACACUGCGAACUUUAUCUACAACUGCGAAUCGUGUGACUACGUGUGUACAAACAAAAAGUCAAUUCGCCAGCACAGAAAGAACAAACACAUCAUGGAAAACACAGUCGACCAGGAAAUUGUUACUGUUGAGCCAGCUUCAAACAGUCACCCACCAUUCACUGCUGUAUUUUUAACCAUGUAAAGCUGUUUUUUUUUUUAAGGAAGAAAAUAAAUUCAUAAACACUUAA